AUGCAUUUCUUCAAGACCCUCAUUGCCGGCGCGGCCCUCGUUGCCUCUGUCGUUGCCCAAGGAAAGAUCUCCUUCACAUCGUUCCCCAGUUCUCUGCAGGCUGGAAAGCCUUGCGAGAUCACCUGGACUGGCGGCAACCCUCAGGCUCCUGUUACCAUCACUCUGCGCAAGGGUGAAAGCACCAAUCUCAAGGAUGUCGCCGUCUUGACCUCUUCUGCAACUGGUGGCAGAUACACCUUCACCCCAUCUACUUCUCUCGUCAACGGCCCAGACUAUGCUCUUCAGAUCUCCCAGGGCGGUGAAAUCAACUAUACCGGUCUCUUCACCAUCUCUGGUGGCAACGGCACUCCAUCUUCCACCUCUGCUACCACCACCUCUUCUUCCUCUGCUUAUUCCGGUGAACCAUCCAAGCCAGUCACCAAGCCUGUCGUCCCUUCUUCUGCUCCCAGCAUGUCCAUCACUCAGUCUGCCAACCACACCACCAUGGUCACCAAGACCUCCUCUGGCACCGCCAGCAUGGGAACCGGCACCACCUCCCACCGCAACACCACCAUGGCUACUCCCACUCUCUCUCCAUCCCACAGCGCAACCCUCACUCCAACCGCCACUCCUACCGGAAACGCGGCCUCUUCCUUGGCUGCCAUGUCCAGCCCUCUUGCGCUGAUCAUGGCCGCUCUCGCUGCUUUUGCUUACCUUAACUAA